ACGUGUCGGUCGGGUGUGAGGCGGAAGACCUGCAUCAUUUACGCAUUUCCAUCUUAUUUUGGUGGCAAUGCCUUGUUCUUAGUGGCAGAUUAAGAGUAUUUCUACUUUCAAAAGGCACUAGUGAGUUAUGUAAGGUGUUAAAAUGAUUGUUACGUGAACCCAAACAAUAACAAUCUCACAUGUGCGUUGCGAUCAGCUGGUGGGAGAGGGAGAGGAAGAGGCCGAAGAGAGUGCUUGGGAGAGAGAAUAGUCCCAGAUUAAUGUAAAGAGAGAGAAAGAGAACAUUUUAGAGUAACUUACAUUGUUGAGGCAAGGAAUAUAGCAAAGAAAAACGUGGAAGAGAAAAGGAAAAGAAAGGAAGCAAUAAAUAAAGUAAAUACAAACGAAGUCACUAAAAAAAAAAAAAACAUAAUGAGUUCAAAACGGAAAACUGGACCCAAACCAACCGCCAGCUCCACAAAAAAGGCGAAAAAGGACACGGGAGGAUCAGGAAGUGGAGGCAAAAGGGUGGAGGUGAAAUGUGGGUCCUCCUUCACCAUCACCGCCCCGCCCCCGACCCGCAACGCCCUCGGUCAGCUGGUGUUUGAAGGGGCCCCGGAGUUCUGCCCCAACCUGACCCCCAAGCAGGUCUUACAGAUGGGGAGCUUUGGCGGGACCUAUUUCAGACCCAUUAAGUCCGGUGUGACGGGUGAAUCGUAUCGUGACGUGUGGAAGGAGCUGCCGUCUGAUUGGCUGGAAGGACUCAACAUUAAAACACAGGUUGCCUCAUCCAUCUAUGACACGGAGGUUAACAAGUUCAAGGUGAAGUGUGGCGGAUCGCUAGAGAUGUGGGAGGAGAGUGGAUGGAUUGACAAGCAAGACCCAUAUGGAUGGUUCAUGUGGUACUGCAGGUACUACCAAGGGCGGCGCAGUGAGGAUGACGAGAGGCAGAUAGGCAGAUGGAGUCGCUGUGCUGGGCUAAAGGGAAGGUGGCGGCAGAAUCUGGUGACUAAGGUGUUCCGAGCAUCGUCCAAGUUCGACGAUGCCUCAGUGUCCCCGGUGGUGCGGCAAACACUGCAGCACUGGGGGUAUGAACUCAACAAACAUGACUAUGACCUCGGGGUGAAGCGUCAAAAAAUAAGUCAGAGAGAAAGAGAGUAAGUGGAGUUUUGGUAUGGUUUAAGGGAAAGAGUUUGUUGUCAGAGAGAGAGAGGGGAAGGGUAGUUCAUUGCUUGAAAAUACUUACAGAUGAUAAAUACUGGCAUACGAAAAAGAAAAAAUGUAACUGUAUGUAAGUUGUAUAGUAAUAUGAUUCAUUAAACAGCUGAGAUAAUGGUCAGGUUCACACAUUUCUGUUUUUCUUGUUUGGGAAGCAUCUUGCCACAAAACAAAUGCUAGGAUCAAAGCAGCAGUGUACAAUGUAUGUGUGUAUGUAUUUGCAUUUCUGGAGAGACAAGUAAGUGUGGACUGAAGCAUGGGAGGCAGGACCAGUGCAGUGUUAAGAUGGUGCCUAACACAGUAGUAGCACCAUCAGCUUGCACAGUACCUGCCUCUCAUCAGCCUCUGAACAAUUUAUCUUUAAUGGUUUUAUGUUAUGUCUGGUAUACAUAAUAUUAUUUUCUAAUUUAUUUUGAUAGGAUUUUGUAUAUUUAUUGUUAUUGUAGGGUUUUGAGGUUUCUAAAUCCUGUGUCUUACUGGGCAAACCUACCCAGCAGUGGACAAAUUGUAUGUUGCUUGGUAGGUUUGUCUGUCAAGAUUUUGUUGUCCAUUGAAUCUGAAGUUUGUUAAAUUGAUAAGUUUAUAUCAUGUAAAGGAAAGAAAGUUUGCAGUUAGAGACAAAAAGAAAGAAAAAGAAUAGUGUUUGCAUAUAAUAUAAAAGAAGAAAGGAUUUGGAGAGAGAGAGAGGGAGUGGGAGGUGAGGUUAUGAGGUUAGUUAACAAUGGACAGAGUAGGCAGAAU